CUCGCGGACUGUUUCCCGGAUGUGUAGACGACGCUGACGUCAGAAUCCCCGCUGAAAUUCAAAGUUGUAGGAGGAGACCGAAAGUCUUUUUGUGUUUUCUGUCACUUUUUGUCGGCUCGUGUUACAGUUUACACUUUGUAGAGACGACUUUUCAGUUUAUGAUUCAGUAUGGAGCCUGAAGAAAACUGUGGCAAUGCCAACUUGAAGAGGCAGAGAGAACCUCUUUCAGAUUCAGAAGACAACUUCCUCUUAGCAACAGAGGUGAAUGAUGGCCAGAAGCGGCGCCGGCUGGAAGCAUCUGGUCAGGAGAACCGUAGCCCUAAACCAUCCUCCUCUGGACGCUUGGCUGAACUAGAGACGAAGCCAGACACCCCCAUAGUUCCUUCAGUCCGCUCCCGAGUUCAGCUGCUCACACAGAGGAGAGAUGGAGCUUCUGUGGCCCAGCGGUGCUUCUCAGAUCCUGGAGCUGAGGGCUCAUCCAUCACUGCCCACGACAGGGGUGUUAGAGAGCAUCUCCUGAGUGAAGGAGAAUUUAAUCAACGGAUGAAGCGCUUUAAAGCUCCCCAGGCCAGCCUCACCCUCACGCAGAGCCCCUCCAACUCCUGCCCACCGACCCGCUCUGGUUUCGUAUCGGACAUUCAACACAAACUCCAGUGUACAACAACACCUAGCUCCAAGCAGGCUUCCCUCAUACGCCAGGAACGAGAGCAGGAGUUAAACCAGUUACGCUUGCAGCCAAUCAGUGAGAACGCCUGGCUGAAAAGAAGCAGCUCUGAUUCCUCGUUGACUCAGCAGGCAAGGACCCCUGCUGGCCCCUCAUCACCCUCCACAUGGGUUCCUAGAUCUAAAAGGAGCGUUUGUUGGCCUCCCAUGCAGACCUGGGAUCAGGUUCGUGGUGAUGCUGAGAUGAAAGAUGGAAGUUUCUUUGAAACUACGUCAGAUGCCCAGAAGCCUUCUGUUAUUAUGAUGGGUGAAAGCACACCAUCUGCAUCUGCUCAACUCCAGAGCUUCCAGGAAGGUGAUGCUGGUGAGGAAGUCGGGGAGCAAAAAGAUCAUCUUGGUUCAGACCAACCAGAGAACCAGACCAUAUUAAAGUUGUCUUUCAGUGAGGAUCAGAAUGUGUCCGAGCUGCCUGUAGCUGCUACGCAGAGAUGCUUUCAGACAACAGGAAGAAGUGACGUCUCCAAAGGGUCAGGACAGAGCGUGCCUGAGGUGUUUACUUUUGAUGAAGAUGAAAUAUUGGAGGAUUCCUCAUAUGGUGAGGAGGAGAUGGAGGCUUCAACAGAUGAGGAGUUAAAGAUGUGGAGAUAUCCUAAAGGCAUGUUGUGUAAGGAUGAAAAGUCUGUAAGGGCAAAAGGCCAUGAAACGUGUCCUAACGAGGAGUUAGAAUCAUCUCGGGUGGACGAUGAACCUGCUGACAUCCAGGAUGGAGGAUUUCGUCCACCUGCAGAUGUCUCUGCUGAGUUUUCUGGCUGUCCUGACAAGCAGGAACAUGAGAGGACUAGACCAGAGGAAGAACAACGUGAGUCAGAAAGUUGUUUAGGUGAUUCUGGGAGAGAGAAAUCUGCUUUUGACAGUGAUCAAUGCAAAACUGAGUCUAAAGGGAGAUACGAGGAUAGGCUCUUAAAUAUUAACAUUUCAACAGCUACACAAGAGCAGAGGAGGGUAGAUGGAUGCCCAGACGAAUAUGAUGCACUUGAACGGUCAGACAACUGCCAGACCGCCGGUGUAAAAGACGUUGCUAAAGCUUUGAAAGAAACCCAGACGAGUAGCUCAGACCAUGAAAUGAAUAUUAAAGCUGCAGCACAGCUUUCAGAGACGGUUCAGGAUGCAGCAUCAGACUCUUACAUGAAGGAUGAUGCUCAGAGUUCAGGAGAGAUAACGGCAGCAGAAGCCCAGGAGAUGGAUCGUGAUCCAGUUCGUAUCCGGCAUUUCCAUGAGCAGGCAGAUGGAAGGGAAAGCUCAAAGAAAGUCACCUUUAUCCUGCAGCCUGAGCUGAUCAAUAGCUCGCCUUUUUCUGUGAUCGACACCUCAUUGGAGUCCAGGGCAGAGACCAGUUUGUCAGAUGCUGGAUCCAGCUCUCACGAUGAGACCAACGCCGCUGAAUUAAUUGAGCAGAUGUUUGAGGAGGUGCUGGAAUAUGCUGAGAAGGUCGAAGAAAAGAGAAGGAAUGAAGGUGCUGACUGUGAUACUGGGAUUGGUGCUUGUUCUGGAGGCAGUGACAAGACUGAUGAGGAGGGAGAGAAGGAGAAAAAUGACGAAGCAGAGGCCAGAGAGGAGGAGUGUGAUCAGGACACAAAGCUGGACAGCAGUGGAGAUGAGCUGCUCACUUUUCCUCCCAGUGGCAUCCUCUCUCCUCUCAGCAAGUCCGUGGAGGCUGUGGUCACCCCGUUGCGACUGGCAGCAACUCAAGAGUCCAAUCCUCCAUCUUGGCUCCAGACCCCAGAAGACAGCAGCGCCCCUCCUGCUGAAUCUGCUCCUCUGUACAGCAUCGAUGCCUACCGCACCCAGAGGCUGAGGACGCCGGCCUCCAUUCAGAGCGUCACUCCUGCUGUUCAGAGACGAGCUGCAGAGACGUCCCAGCCUCACCCACCCACCAGCACCAAGGAGAAAGUCAUGGCUCUGACCGAGGAGGCAGGAAAACUGCAGACUGUGAUCAGCCAGACGCUGCAAGCCCUGAGCUGCUGCACUGACGAAGAACAUGGCCGCGGUUCACUGGAGGAGGCCGAAGCAGAGAAGCUGCUGCUGGUCUCAUGUGAGAAGCGCUCGGCUCUGCUGGCAGAGGUGGCCAGGUUGAGGGAGGAGAGGAACUCUGAAGAGGUCGGAAAGGAGGAUAGAGAACACGUUUCCCAUCAGCCCUGCAGAGGAACCUUCAGCAUCACUAACAUCCAGCUGCCUCUGAAGGUGGAGUUCGUCUGCUCGUCACACAGCCGCACAGGUCGACCAAGCCACUACUUCUUUGUCCUGAUCCGGUACGGACCCUGCAACAUGGUCGCCACGCCACUGGCGACGGCUGCUGAUGCUGAAAAUGGAGACACCAUCUCGUUCCCAACCUCGGUCACGCUGAAGGAUAUCCGGUCAUCGUUUGAAAUUGACGUAGAAGUCUACAGCCUGUCUCAGACUUCAGGCAGCAGCUGCAGCACCGACAGGACCACCACCAAGUCACGGGUCACACCAAGAAAGCUGCUGAAUACCAUCACAAGAGCCAGUAACAGUUUGACAUGCAGUGCUCCUAACACCAUCAGCACUCGUCGCUCCAGUAACUUUUGUCUGGUGGGCUCCCAUAAGAUCACCCUGGCCUCACUGGGACUCAGCAAGUUUCCUCUGGAUAAGAUGAAAUUUGAAGGCAAAAUCAGGAAGCUGCUUGGAGAUGAAUUUCAGGAAAAGGUGCCUUUUCUGUCGCCUCUAGAGGGCAGCAUCUACCUGCAACUGGACAGUGAGAGCCACUCGAACGUCCAACACCAAGGAUUCCUGACAAUGUUCGAGUUGAUCAGCGGGUAUGGGGUGUGGCACCGCCGAUAUUUUCUCCUGGAGGGAUGCAACAUGACCUACUGGAACCACCCCAAUGACCGAGAAACGAAGGAAGCAGAAGGCAGCAUCUCUCUGUCCAGGUCUCCCAGUCAGUGCGUCAGACCAGUUAAGAGGGAUUCAUGCGCUCGACCUUUCACCUUUGAGCUGGUGAGCAGCAUCACAGAGCAGCCGGAUUCGUUGUCCAAGUGCUGGUUCUCAGCUGACACCAAUCAGGAGAGACUGGACUGGAUGGAGAAGCUCAGCCAGGCCCUGCUGGACCUUCACACCUGGAAGCAAAGCCAGUCAGGAAAGGUGCAGCCCGGCACGUCCAGCGUGGGCAGCCUGAGGGAGAGUUUAUUGUAAUCUGUAGGUGGAGGUAGCUCGGAUCAGGUAGACGAGGCUGUUUCACCGUUGCAAUGAUAAACACCUUGAUUUAAGGACUUAAGUUUCUUUCUUUUGUAUUUCUUUUAACUUAAAUCCAAUGAUGGCUGUUUUAUUUAAUCAGGUUUUAUUAGAACCUAAUUUUAUUUUGAGUUUAAUUUCUUUGGCAGAUGGCUGCUUUCUGUUGUUUAAGUGAAACUUUCUUCUUUAUCCAUAAUUUACACAUUUAUUUGGAUUCUAUGUUUUAUAGGAAGAAUUUACAGAUUGACACUAGUAAAUAAUAAAUCUUUAAUCUAGAAAUGUAUUUGAAAGGGACAGAAACACUAAAAUGAUAAAAACAAGGCACUAAUGCACAGACUUGCAGCAUCGUCUUAUUUCUGGUGGAAUAAGUUGAUCUCUAAAGCUGAUCUGUUACUCUGAGCUUUUGAAUUUCAGCUUGUAAUCAUGCCUGAUGUGUACAAGCUUAGAAAUGUUUUCUCUUAAAGAAGGCGAGCUCUGUAAAUGUUUUUGCCAGAAAAAUUCAUGAAUUAAAAUCCAGUUUCCAA